UGAGCUUCUCAUCUGUGGAAAAACUUGUAUAAACGUCUAAAGGGGAAAAAAAGGUGAUUUUAACGGAGAGCAGACAAAAAAAGAAAAUCAUGAGUCCAAGGGAAACGGAUAUAAGCGACGACGAAGAACCUCCCAGUUCAGAGAAGAAGAGUGCCAGUUGUGUYCAUCAAGUUUCACUAUUUUGGUACAAAGCAUUUUACUUAUUUUUCAUUGGUGCAUUUUGGAUGAAGAUCGUGUACYUACCGCUGUACUUCAAGCAGAUUGGACUGCCGGCUCAUUACGCUGGUGUUUUGGCGGGAAUUUCGCCAUUCCUUCGAGGCGCUGGCUCGUUUUCUCUUGGUCUUUUGGCGGAAAAACCAGAAACACGUAAGGUGAUGCUACUUAUGAGUCUUGUGGCGCAAAUUGUAACACCAUUGCUUUGCUUGAUACCGCAUCCUUACAAUCCAAAUGCUGGGAAUAUUACAACACAUGGAGCCUUCAUAGCAAAUAAGACAAAUGAUUUCCCAAUUGCACAAGAUUCGCCGGCAGAAGACUACCUGAAAACCAUUCAGAAAUGCAUUAAAGGUAAUUGCUUUGGAUACCUGCUGACUGCCAACGAUGAUGAGUCACAGACAUUUGUCCAACCAUUAGUAACCAACAUUAGCACCAAAGUCACMAAUGCAACAGUUGCAAGGUCUCCAUUGCUUGAUAUUGACCUGGACAUGAUUUCAACCUUCUGGAUCAUUGUUGCCAUCGUAACGGUAGGGGAGUUUCUGGGGGGUCCUGCAAGAAGUCUUGCUGAUGCGGCAACCUUGCAAGCCCUGGGUAAAGAUAAGAAUAAGUUUGGUUAUGUGCGUCUGUGGGGUAAUGUGGGUCAGUUUCUACUCACUAUAAUAACCUAUGUCUUACUACGUUUUGAACACAAAACAGUUAACGGAAUUGAAGAAGGRAAUUACAUGUUUGCUGUCAUUGCGAUAGCGUUCUGGAUGGCUUUYGCCUUCCCAACAGCCCUGGGGUUUGUGUGCGACAAGAAGCAGAUGCAAUCCAAACUAAUGGUUAAAGAAGACUCUGAUGAAGAAACCGAAGAUGUAGAAAUAGYCGAUGUACUUGUAAACUUCACGUCCCUGUCACUUCUUUUGAUUACUUUUUGCAUUGGUAUGCUCAAUGGUACUUUCAACACCUUUAUGUUCUGGUUUGUCCUGGACAUUGCUGGUAGUCAAGCUAACCUAAUCAUCACUAUAGCUCUAGCRUUUAGAAUUAUCUUUAUCAUCCUGGCCUUUAGAGUCUCUGGUCCAGUCAUUAAUCGARUUGGUGUCAUGAAUGUAACACAUAUUUCCUUGAUGUUAUACUGUGGUAUAUAUGUACUUUAUGGAGUGAUGAAAGAUCCCUGGUUAGCUAUUCUUCCRGAGGUUAUGCAGAAUGUUAUAAAAGCUUUCACCGAAGUGUCUGUGAUACUAUACUUUGGUGAAAUAACACCCUUUAAAUAUGCAGCCAUUGUCCAAGGUAAGAAUAAACCCAUGGGGAGGGUGUGGCUUAAGUGUCAACACAGGUUGUUGAUGGGAGGCGGAUGGGUAUUUAUCAGUUSAGAGGUGUAA